GCUGCGCCCCGCGAGCCCGCAUCAUGGAUGUCGAGCUCUCCCAUUUCGCGUUGCUCGCCUUGGCGUUCGAGACCCCAGCCGAGGGCCAGGAUUCAUGAACCGCUCGCCGGGGCCCGGGCAGGGGCCUUUGGCUCCCAGCGCUGGCCUAGAGGUGAUGUGUGAGGUCAAAAGAUCAGAAGAUUUCAAAAGCCACGGGGGCCUCCGUACUGAAUGAAAGACCCGGUGCGAAGGCAUCGCCAUGAACACGAGCAUUCCUUAUCAGCAGAAUCCAUACAACCCCCGGGGCAGCUCCAAUGUCAUCCAGUGCUACCGGUGUGGAGACACCUGCAAAGGGGAAGUGGUCCGGGUCCACAAUAACCAUUUCCACAUCAGAUGCUUCACCUGCCAAGUGUGCGGCUGUGGCCUGGCCCAGUCAGGCUUCUUCUUCAAGAACCAGGAGUACAUCUGCACGCAGGACUACCAGCAGCUCUAUGGCACCCGCUGCGACAGCUGCCGGGACUUCAUUACCGGCGAGGUCAUCUCUGCCCUGGGCCGCACCUACCAUCCCAAGUGCUUCGUGUGCAGCUUGUGCAGGAAACCUUUCCCCAUUGGAGACAAGGUGACUUUCAGCGGGAAGGAAUGCGUGUGUCAGACGUGCUCCCAGUCCAUGACCAGCAGUAAGCCCAUCAAGAUCCGAGGACCAAGCCACUGUGCGGGGUGCAAGGAGGAGAUCAAGCACGGACAGUCGCUCCUGGCGCUGGACAAGCAGUGGCACGUGAGCUGCUUCAAAUGCCAGACCUGCAGCGUCAUCCUCACCGGGGAGUACAUCAGCAAGGAUGGCGUUCCGUACUGCGAGUCCGACUACCACUCCCAGUUCGGCAUUAAGUGUGAGACUUGUGACCGGUACAUCAGCGGCCGAGUCUUAGAGGCAGGAGGGAAACACUACCACCCAACCUGUGCCAGGUGUGUCCGCUGCCACCAGAUGUUCACAGAAGGGGAGGAGAUGUACCUCACGGGUUCCGAGGUCUGGCACCCCAUCUGUAAACAGGCAGCCCGGGCGGAGAAGAAACUGAAGCAUAGGCGGACUUCUGAAACUUCCAUCUCACCCCCUGGAUCCAGCAUCGGAUCUCCCAACCGAGUCAUCUGCGACAUCUAUGAGAACCUCGACCUCCGGCAGAGACGGGCUUCCAGCCCCGGAUACAUCGAUUCCCCCACCUACAGCCGACAGGGCAUGUCCCCCACCUUCUCCCGCUCACCUCACCACUACUACCGCUCUGGGCCCGAGAGUGGCCGGAGUUCUCCAUACCAUAGCCAGUUAGAUGUCAGGUCCUCCACUCCGACCUCUUACCAGGCUCCCAAGCACUUUCACAUCCCAGCUGGAGAAAGUAACAUCUACCGGAAACCCCCGAUCUACAAACGGCAUGGUGACUUGUCAACCACCACCAAGAGCAAAACAAGUGAAGACAUUAGCCAGGCCUCCAAAUACAGUCCCGCCUACUCCCCCGACCCCUACUAUGCUGCGGAAUCUGAAUACUGGACCUACCAUGGGUCCCCCAAAGUGCCCCGAGCCAGAAGGUUCUCAUCUGGAGAAGAAGAUGAUUUUGACCGCAGCAUGCAUAAGCUCCAGAGCGGAAUUGGCCGGCUGAUCCUGAAGGAGGAGAUGAAGGCCCGGUCCAGCUCCUAUGCCGAUCCCUGGACACCGCCCCGGAGCUCCACCAGCAGCCGGGAGGCCCUGCACACGGCCGGCUAUGAGAUGUCCCUCAAUGGCUCCCCUCGGUCCCACUACCUGGCUGACAGCGACCCCCUCAUCUCCAAAUCUGCCUCCCUGCCUGCCUACAGAAGAAAUGGGUUGCACAGGACGCCCAGCGCAGACCUCUUCCACUACGACAGCAUGAACGCCGUCAACUGGGGCAUGCGAGAAUACAAGAUCUACCCAUAUGAACUGCUGCUGGUGACCACAAGAGGCCGGAACCGGCUGCCCAAAGAUGUGGACAGGACCCGCUUAGAGAAUGCCUUUCCCUUCUCCCCAGCAUCCUCACUCCUUGGGUUCCCAUUCUAGUGACAGGUGUGGCCCGAAAUCUCUGCCAACCCUUCCCUAGAGGGUAUUGCUUACCUAUUCCUCCAGUCUCCUCCACCCUGUGUCCAGAGCACACAUCAAGCCCCUCCCCAUUGUAUCACAUCAUCAAGAUGUCCAUUUCCUUUCUGAUAGUCUGACAUCUCUCGUAGGUCCUGGCUUAGGAGAGGUGUCAGAAAAUGUUUGUGGAGUUGAAUGCAGGCUUCUGAGGAAGCUCAACAUAUCAACAUCCCCAAAACUGACUACUGAGAAAUUUGUUCAGAGUAGGGAGUUGGGGAAAAAUCAGGGUGAGAGGAAGCCCUGCAAGUCCUUCUAGCUCUGACAGGCUGGACUAGCAGCCCCAAGAAGUAGUGAUCCCCCUACAUUUAAAGGACUUCCACACAUGUCUAGCAGUGAGUGUCUGCUGGUGCUGAAUGGACAGCUCCAUGGAGCCUGCAUUCAGGGAAGGAUAGUUUUGGAACUUGGUUCAUCCUAGAAGAACAGUUUCCCCUCUUCUCACUUCAUGCCACCCCAAAUCUCAAACCAGAGAAGCACAACCUUUCCUAAGCACCAGGAUCACUCAAGAAGCUUUUAAAAAUAACAAUAGAGGCCCACCUGAAACAUUUACAUCAAAAUCUUGGUAAAAAGCCCAGGCAUCUGUAUUUCUUAGAAGCCCUGGGAAUGUAGGCUGUAGAGACACCACCCUCAUCCCCUGCACCGAUGCAGGGAGAUCUCUAAAGAAGGGAGACCAUGACCUGGACACUAAGGAGCUGAGUCUAGCUCUUUCUUCCUUCAUCCCAUGACUAGCAAAAGCAGCUACACGCUAGGUGCUGUCCAAGGUGCUGUAUAUGAACAAAUAGAGCAAAGAUCUGCCCUUUGGAGCUGGCAUUUUCAUGUGAAGAAACAGACAGUAAGUGACAAAGAAUCAAUGGCAGAGUGUGUUGGCAGACUCUGACAUCCAAGGCAAGGAGUAAAGGAGGACAGUGAAGGACUGGGAAUCGAGCAGUGGGUUGCAAGUUUUAAAUAGGCUGACAAGGAGAGAUUGCCCUGUGACAGCACACAGGAGCCCAGACUUGAAGUGAAUGAGGGGUGAGCCAAGAGCAGUGGGAAUGGCCACCACCAAGUCCCUGGGAGAGGAGUGAAACUGGUGUGUUUGAGGACAGCAGGAGGCAAGUGUGGCUGAGUGCGCAAAGGAAAGAAGAUGAAAGUCAAGGAAAUGGGACCCUGGUCACCUGUAUGACAGACACACAGAUGGAUCGUCACCAUGGUGGGAAUGGCCAGGGCUGAUGCUUUCCACUCACCCGCCCCUGUGGCAGGCUCAUGAGCCACAUCACCUCACUCUCCCUCCCAGUCCCCCUAAUGCAAGUGCUGGGAUGUUUCCACUUUCCAGAAGGCUUGUUGAGGUAAAGUGACUUGCCCAAGGUCACACCAAGGUCAGCCAGACUCCAAAACCAGCUCUUCACCCUUAUGCUUUAGAGUCUGUGAUGAAGGUCAAAUGGGCAAAGCUGAGGAAGGUGCCCUGGGAAACCUGGCAGUGGAGGCCCCGUGGGCCCUUGGGUGGAGAGUAAAGUGUGGAAGCUUUAGAGGCUUUACUGGAGUAGCACUACCAUCCCUGUCACCUCUAACAUGUCUACUGAGCCUCAUAAAAAAAAAUUUUGAGCAUAAUAGAGAGACCAGCUGUAUCCACCACCUCUAACAACAAAAAAAGAGCAGAAGAGAAUAAAUGACUGUUGCCUAUCUUUACUGAGAACGAAGUAGAGAGCAGAGCUAUUCCUCACCAUUCGUUUGGAGUAAGAGUGAAGCAAAUAUAGAUGAGUCAGAAGCAUGAAUGUGAAGCAGGCACUGUCUGGACAGGUGAGACUUAGGGACGUAACAGCCAGACGUGGCGUGGAGGCCUGUUCAAAACUUGGUCGCACAAACCAUCCUGUAAGACAUUUUGGAGACGAUUUGGAACCCUUGUUGUGUGAGGGAUUAGGUGACCCUGAGGGCUUGCCACUGGUUGUUCCUAGAUGUGGCUGUGGCCAUGCUGUGGCCAUGAUGUGCCAAGGCCUCUGGGCGCCUGACAGGUGGCCAGUGUGUUUUCAGUAUCUUCCGCAGUAAUGGAAUGAGCGUGACAGCCAGGCUUUGCUGUAAAAAUACUUCCACAGAGGAAAUAGACGAAGCAAAUGUGCCAAACUCUUGAUAACUGUUGAAUCUGGGGUCUGGGCAUGGCUAUGCUAUAUGUCCUUUCUUUUUCACAUAUUCAUGGAAGUUUUUCAUGACAAGAAACACUUACUUAUGAGUUUUUAAUGGACUUGACCAAAAAGGGCCAUAAAGGUCCCACAUUUGGAAUCAGAAAGUUUGGAGUUUCGCCUCAGCUCUGCCACUUACCGCCCUCCCUCGCUCUCGGCUGAGCAAGUUAUUUUAAUUCUCUGCCUUUCAGUUUUCUCAUUUUUCAACUGGAUGGAAAUAAUUGCUGAUUUUCAGGGUGGCUAAAAAGGUUCAAUGAGGAAAAUGAGGGAUGAAUUAUUAAUUAUAACCAAAUGCCGUGCAAGGCAUUGUUGAAGUUAUUAGAUAAUGUUGUGUUGAAAAAUCAACUCAAAGUCAUCAGUGGCCAACAGCAUCUAUCAAAAGUGUCAACGUUACCUUUUCUUUAAGUUCUGGAAAUGUGGCCAAAAUGUUAUUUCACAGUGACAGUGGCCAGAGGAGUGGCUUGGCAUUGCCUGGCUACAUACCUGCCCUCAGAGUCUUCUUCAGUGCUCUGUGGCUAAUGUAACUACUACCAGCAGGUCAUCUGGGUGAAUCCAGGAUGUUUUCAGGCGGGAUAUAGGCCAUAUGUUUCUCUCUUUCCAAUGUAAUUUAAAAUUUCACUUUGAGAAAAAUUUCAGAAUUCCGAAAAAGUUGUUAGAAAAGCGAAAUGAACAUCCACCUACCAUUCACCUAAAUACACCAAAUGUUAACAUUUUGCCACAUUUUAAGUGCCAUCUAUGUCUAACUCUAGAAGUGUUAGACAGUGUGUUAGCUUUCAAAGAGGGAGAGGAAGAAGA